AGCAUGGAGGAGGAAAAGUAGUACCAGAUCCCGUUUACUCUGGUAGUACUCGGAGCUAUCGCUUUUGUUAGUUUUUAACUUAAUACAAGGUGUUAAUUGCCUGAAUAAGGAAGACCAUGGGGCGAUCCUCAAAGGAUAAACGAGACAUAUACUACAGACAGGCGAAAGAGGAAGGCUGGCGAGCAAGGAGUGCAUUCAAACUGUUGCAGCUGGACGAGGAGUAUAAUCUUUUUGAAGGAGUAACCCGUGCCGUGGAUCUGUGUGCUGCCCCAGGAAGCUGGAGUCAGGUGCUUGCUCGUAAGCUCCGGACCAAAGAAAAAAAAGAGCAUGUGAAAAUUGUUGCUGUGGACCUCCAGGCCAUGGCACCUCUACCAGGGGUCACGCAGAUUCAAGGAGACAUCACUAAGUUAUCCACAGCUGAAGAGAUCAUCAAGCACUUUGAGGGUCAAUCUGCAGAUCUGGUUGUGUGUGAUGGAGCACCAGAUGUGACGGGACUCCAUGACGUGGAUGAGUACAUCCAGGCUCAGCUUCUGCUUGCAGCUCUUAACAUCACCACACAUGUUCUCAAGAAGGGUGGAACAUUUGUUGCUAAGAUCUUCCGAGGGAAGGAUGUGACCUUGCUGUACUCCCAGCUGAGGAUCUUCUUCAGUCGGGUCACCUGUGCCAAGCCUCGCAGCAGCCGCAACUCCAGCAUAGAGGCGUUUGUGGUAUGCCGAAAUUACUCCCCACCAGAAGGCUACGUCCCUAAUAUGUCCAAUCCUCUGUUGGACCAUUCCUAUGAUGUAGACUUUAACCAACUGGAGGGCUCAAACCGGAUCAUCGUUCCUUUUCUUGCCUGUGGUGACCUGAGUGGUUUUGAUUCAGACCGCACCUACCCUCUGCAGUUGGAUUCCAGUAAAGAGUAUAGCUACACGCCUCCUACCCAGCCCCCUAUCCACCCGCCCUACGAACAGGCCUGUUUCAUGCGCAAGAACAACCUGCUGGCCAAAGAGGAUGCCCCAGCGGCGUCAUUGGACCACGCUCUCUCUGCCAUGCAACUGUCAGCCAGCGAGGAGGUAGACCAACAACCCUCAACGUCAGCUGACCAGAGAGGAAGCCAUGGCAUCAAUGCCACUGAUCUCCCAACUCUGACUGAAAAGUGAUCCGAUUUAAAAAUGACUGAUCAUGAGUUAUGUGUCAUUUCCAAAACACACAAUCACUGAUUCAUUUUAGUAAUAUGUCUUGGUUAAUAACAUUUUAAACAAUUAUAAGAUAUUGAUAUGUUUUCAUUUGUAAAAUAAAGUAUCAUACUGCUAUUUUAA